CAAGUCUCACGAGACCCCAGGCCCGCCCGCUCCGCCCCCGGGGUCACGUGCUCCCGCCGCGCCGGGGAGGAGAGGGCGAGCCCCGGCCUAGCCGCCGUUCCCGCCGGAGCCCCGCGCGCUCUCCGCCAUGCUCCGGAGCAGCGCGCGACUCCUGCGCACGACCGGGGCCCUCCGCGGCCCGAAGGGAGGGAAGUCAUUUUCUUCUGAAGUCCUUCCUGUGGACCAUUCUCUCCCCAAUCCCAGCUGGAAUGAGGACAUGAGGCUCCUGUUUGACCAGUUCAUGAAGAAAAGUGAAGAUGGCUCUUGGAAACGUUUGCCUUCAUAUAAAUGUAACCUUACUGAAAGGAUUGAAGAUGUCAAAAUCUUUUUUCCUGACGCAAAACUUUUAAAAGAACAAAUGUCACAGGCCCAGCUCUUUCCCAGAAGCCUUGGGGAAGGUGUGGGAUUUGAAUAUGUGAUGUUCCAUAAUCAUGUUGAAGACAGGACAGUUUGCAUAUUUCAAGGAGGUCCUCACCUGCAAGGAGUACCUGGAUUCCUUCACGGAGGUGCCAUUGCAACCAUGAUUGAUUCUACUCUUGGUAUGUGUGCUGUUUUAACUGGGGGAAUUGCCAUGACCGCCAAUCUCAACAUCAAUUUUAGAAGGCCUAUCCCUCUUUGUUCUGUUGUUGUGAUAAAUUGCCAGCUUGAUAGAGUUGAAGGAAGGAAGUUGUUUGUUUCCUGUAAUAUCCGAAGCAUGGAUGAGAAGACCCUGUACUCAGAGGCAACAAGCACAUUUGUAAAACUGGAUCCUAAAAAAAAAAUUGACAUAAGAGCUUCUGGUGCAUUCUACACCAAUCUGCAAUAGGCUCACCUUCCCUCCAGAAGAAUCUGUUAUCCCUGAUCCUGCUCUCCUGACCUGCUUUUGAGGCCCCUAGAGGGUGAAGCCACUGAUCUUCCUGGACAAAUCUUCCGGAAUACAACCCCAGGGGCUCUGUUUCCACUUCUACACUUUUUGACAUGAAAGGGCUCCCUGUGAUAGCAUCAGCAAUCCUUUGUGUCUCUUUAGGAGAAGUCUCUGGUGCUCCUAAAUUUGAAUGGGCUCCUUAAGGUUGCACAAGCAUGAUGUCUGCCCCAUUGCCGACUGAAGAAAAAAUUCAUAUCGAAACUCUUACCACAAACCUGACAAUGCCAGAAAACCAGAGGGAGGAGUGUGUAUUUGUGUGUGUGUGUGUGUGUGUGUGUGUGUGUGUGUGUGAGAGAGAGAGAGAGAGAGAUAAAUGACAAAGCUAGCUUUAUUGUAUCUAAACAGAAUCUUUUUGGCCACAGUAGGAAGCUCACAACUAGUUCCUGUAGGAAUAAAUACCUCAAAUCUGGAUCCUACAGAUUAAACAACUAUACCAUUUUUAA